CCUUAUUUAACCCAGCGUGGGACAGCUAGCUAUUCAUAAUUAUUAUUCCUUAAUCACAAACAUCUAAUUCUUUUUCUCCCCAAAUUACACUUUUGCAUUCUCUCUCUCUCUCCCUCUCGUAUUCAUUCAUAAUUCUCAAUUAGCUUAAUAGAAAGAAGGUUAGGAAAGACAUGGCUUUCCCAGCUACAAUUGUUAUUCUUCCUGUAGGCAUUAUUUUCAUUCUUUCAGGCCUCAUUAUCAAUGUUAUUCAGGCUAUCUUCUUUGUGUUUGUUCGUCCUAUAUCAAGAUAUUGUUAUAGAAGAAUAAACAAUGUGCUCACAGAAUCAUUAUGGUUGGAACUCAUAUGGCUCAUUGAUUGGUGGGCGGGCGUCAAGGUCGAGCUGUACGCAGAUUCAGAAACAUUUCAAUUAAUGGGUAAAGAAAAUGCACUUCUGAUAUGCAAUCACAGGAGUGACAUUGAUUGGCUUAUUGGAUGGGUCUUGGCUCAGCGCACGGGUUGCCUUGGUAGCACGAUAGCCAUUAUGAAGAAAGAAUUUAAAUACCUCCCUGUUAUAGGUUGGUCAAUGUGGUUUGCUGAAUAUUUAUUUCUAGAAAGAAACUGGGCUAAAGAUGAAUCAUCAUUGAAGUCAGGUUUUAAGCUGCUUGAACACAAACCGGUGCCUUUUUGGGUGGCUCUUUUUGUUGAAGGAACUCGCUUUACGCACACGAAACUUUUAGCAGCUCAAGAGUUUGCUAUUUCAAGAGGAAUUCCAGUACCUAAAAAUGUUUUGAUUCCUCGUACCAAGGGCUUUGUUACUGCCGUAAAAGAAACGCGAAAGUACAUUCCAGCCAUUUAUGAUUGCACAUUUACAGUUCCAAGGGGUGAGACUUCACCUACGCUAUUGAGAAUUUUUAAAGGGAUUCCUUCUAAGGUCAAGGUUCAAAUUAAGCGACACGAAAUAGAGGAACUUCCAGAAACAGAAGAUGGCAUUGCACAAUGGUGCAAAGAUGCUUUUGUUGCCAAGGAUGCAUUACUGGAGAAAUAUAGUACUACAGAGAUAUUCAGUGAGCUAGAACUUCAUCAAUUCCGUCGACCAAAAAGAUCAAUAUUUGUUAUGGCUUGUUGGUCAAGUUUCCUUUGCUUUCUUCUAGUAAAAUUCUUUCAGUGGACUAAACUACUCUCCACGUGGCAUGGCAUCUUCUUUGCAGUGCUUUUUAUGGUCAUUGUAACAGCUGUUAUGGAAAUACUCAUACAUGCAACUCAAGCCGAGUCUUCUAAACCCACCAAUUUACCCAUACAAGACCCCAUCAAGCAAGGGCUUCUUGAUUCAGACAUUAUCAAACAUGCACCAAUAGUUUAAUUUUUUUUUUUGAGGAGACCAAUAGUUUAAUGUUAAUCUCAUGUUUCUGUCUCAUUGUACAUGUAUAUAUGUCUAUCAUAAUGUUUUUUUAUGGUUGCAAAAUGCAGGAUAUAUGUAAAGUAAUAUACUGUUAUUUAUACCCCUAGGCCCCAACCAGUACUUUUUCUCUAGGGUACCUAUUAGUUUUGUGUUAGCAGAUGUAACUUAGAAAUUAGAAUUAACAGUUCUUUUGGUGAUAGGAAUAACUUAUUAUUAUUAUUA